UCUUCAUUAGAACUAGGCUUUUCUGUUUCGGGGAAAGAAUAACAACCGACUGUGGUCUGGCGAUCUAGGCUUCGCUGGCUCUAUGGUGCAGACCUUUGCUUUCCGUUGGAAGUUGAAGGAAACUCGUUCCGUCCUAGAGUGGAACAGAAAAGAAACGAUGACAUCACAAUAAAGUGUGCGUGGGCAGAAAGAGAGGAGGAGCCAGGGAAGGAAAAGAAACCCGGAACUGAUGUAAUUGCAGGCACAUGGAGCAGGAAGGCUACAUCGUCUCUCUGGGGUGACGGGGCGUUGUAAGAAUACGUCAUUUCCUGCGCGCCUUGUUGCUAUUGAGAGGGAGAGCCAAGAUGGCGUCGGCGAGGAGCCGUUGGCUGUGGCGCUGCUGCGCCUUUUUCGGACGGAACUUUCCUCUCUUCUCCAAUGUGAGGACACAGUGCGUACCUGGAUUGAGGGCACCGUGGAAGAAAAUGGCCACUCUGGGAUUUGGAAUGACCUUGGCUGCUAUUCCUAUUGCACAGAAACACGAUCCGGGUUCUCUAAGCAAUGAAGCCUUGAUCCGAAGAGCGGUCUCUUUAGUAACUGACAGCACCGGGACUCUCCUUUCUCAAACCACUUACGCAUUAAUUGAUGCUCUAACGGAAUAUACAACGGCAGUUUACACACUGGUGUCCCUGUACCAGAAAUACACGCAUCUCCUGGGGAAAAUGAAUUCCAAAGAAGAGGAUGCGGUUUGGCAAGUGAUCAUCGGGGCCCGAGUGGAAAUGACGACAAAACAGCAAGAAUAUCUCAAAUUGGAAUCCAGGUGGAUGACCGCUCUGAGACUUUCAGAGAUGGCCGCAGAAGCAGCAUAUCAGUCAGGGGCUGACCAGGCCUCAGUGUCAACCCAUAGCCACAUCCAGCUAGUGAAGACCCAAGUCCAAGAAGCGCGGCAGCUGUCCCAGAAGGCCGAAACCAAGUUGGCUGAGGCGCAGACGGAGGAGCUCCUGAAGCUGAAGGAAGAGGAUCCGUUGCUACCAACCUCUCAGCAGGCCGUCAGGGAAGAGACAGAGGAAGCCUACCUUCGUGAAGAUUGAGGAUUGCUAGCAUGGACACGAUCCUGCUUGGUGGGAAGGGAUGGCACAGAAGUGGAGGAAUAGGUGCCGCUCCGUCUCUCUGGCUUCCCCAGCCUGGUUGGCCCUCAGCUUUGAGCUGUGGGUGUUCUGUUGCCUGUGUGUUUAAAUUCACAGCUAUGCAAAUGCGAAGUAAUCCUACAAAGGGGUGAUUUUUCUGGCGCCGGAGGACUGAUUUGAGAUGAUCCCUCCUCAGCCAGAAUCUAUAGAGAUAAUCGCACAUUGUAAUCACUAAGGGCUGUGUCUUGUGUUGCUGUUUUUUCAAAAAAAAAGCGAAAGGUGCUGGUGUUGUGAAGGACAAAUGCUCUACCUGAAAUUUCAAACAUUAGUUGUGGAAAAUUUAACAGUUUGGAGGCUAAAUGUCAUUUUUGUGUUGUUUUUCUACCGAUGUACUUGGGAUCAUUCUCCCUGAGCCAAUUUUUAAAAUAAAAGCCUGAGGAACACAA